GCCUUGGCGGUGGUGAGCAGCUUUGGCCUGAUGUUGUACAUCGGGGUGCCAUUUGUGAUCAUAGUUGCACAUUCACCAUUUCUUAUUCUGGGUGUUGGGGUUGAUGAUAUGUUCAUAAUGAUUUCUGCAUGGCAGAAGACUAGCCUCAGGGACAACAUAAAACAGCGGCUGUCCAAAGUCUGUUCCAAAGUGGCUGUGUCGAUUACAAUCACCACCAUCACCAACGUCCUGGCCUUCUAUACAGGGAUUAUGACCUCUUUCAGGUCCGUAAAAUACUUUUGCAUCUAUACAGGAACAACCCUGCUCUUCUGUUAUUUCUAUAACUUCAUCUGUUUUGGAGCAUUUAUGGCUCUGGAUGGUAAAAGAGAAGUAGUCUGUCUACGCUGGUUGAAAAAGCCAGAAACUCCUGACCAAAAAUGUUCCUCAUUGAAAAGGUCCUGCUGUCUCCCAUGUGAUUCUCUCCCGGAUGAACAAGAAACUGAUAUCCAUCCAAUGAAUUUGUUCUUUCGAGACUAUUUUGGCCCUUUUCUCACAAGCACUGGGUCCAAAUUUUUUGUAGUGCUUAUAUACAUUUUGUACAUGAUAAGUAGUAUCUAUGGGUGUUUCCUAGUGCAGGAAGGUUUAGACCUUCGAAAUUUGGCAAGUGACGAUUCCUACAUCACACCAUAUUUUAAUGUAGAAGAAGAAUAUUUUUUGGAUUAUGGUCCCAGGGUUAUGGUUAUUGUUACUGAAACUCUUGACUACUGGGAUAAAGAUGCUAGGCAAAAACUGGAAAUAUGUCUGGCAGAUUUGGAAAACAGUGACUAUGUAGGUAAAAAUCUCACAGAGUUUUGGUUACGAGAGUAUGUGCAAUAUAUGGAAAACAGCAAGCAAGAUGUAAAUGAUAAGGACACUUUUAUGAACGGUUUGCCCAAUUUUUUAACACAUUUUCCACUUUUUGUGUAUGAUAUUAAUAUUUCAUCAUCACAUGAAAUCAUUUCUUCCCGGGGCUUCAUUCAGACCAUGGGUGUUUCUUCUUCAACCGAUAAGAAGAUGAUGUUAUCCCAGUUACAAAGCAGAGCCGAAAAGUGCGAAAUUCCCCUAAUGGUGUAUAACCAUGCAUUCAUAUAUUUUGAUCAGUAUACCGCAGUAUUAGAAAACACUCGAAAUGUCAUUGUUGCAUCAACCGCUAUGUUCAUUGUUUCCUUAUUGUUAAUUCCUCAUCCACUGUGUUCCUUGUGGGUAACUUUUACUAUUGCUUCUAUGGUUGUGGGAGUAAUGGGUUUCAUGGCAUUCUGGAAUGUCAAUCUUGAUUCCAUAUCCACGAUUAAUCUUGUCAUUUGCAUAGGGUUUUCUUUCGAUUUUUCUGCACACAUUUCUUAUGCAUUUGUUUCCAGCUCUAAGCCCUCAGUAAACCAAAAAGCAAUUGAGGCAUUGUAUCUGCUAUGCUACCCAAUGUUACAAAGUGCACUUUCAACAGUAAUAGGGGUGUGUGUUUUAUCUGUAGCUAAAGCAUACAUCUUCAGGACAUUUUUUAAGAUUAUGUUUCUUGUUAAGGUAUUUGGGGCUGCUCAUGGACUAACAUUUAUUCCAGUAUUCUUAACUUUUUUUUGA